AGCCUGAAGACACUCUCACUCCUGCUCUUGCUCUACGUGCAACUUUCUAAGGCCUUUCCAGUACUUUCUUAUUCCCAAGAAGAGAAAAAUGCAAACCUUGUUCAGAAAUACCUACAGAACUUCUAUCAGUUGCCGAUAGGUGCCUCCCAAUUUAGAGAUAAGUACAGCUCCAAACUCAUUGCUGAAAAACUGAAGGCAAUGCAGCGCUUCUUCGGCUUAAAUGAGACAGGGAAGCCGAAUGAGGAGACGAUGGAGAUGAUGAGGAAGCCCCGCUGCGGUGUGCCCGAUGCUGUGCCUGAUGAAUUCAUGCUAACCCCAGGGAACCCCAAGUGGGAGCACAAAAAUCUGACAUACAGGAUUCUUAACUAUAGCCCACAAUUGCUGAAGGCCGAUGUAGAAAUGGCCAUUGAGAAGGCCUUUCAAGUCUGGAGUAGAGUCACCUCACUGACCUUCACCAGGCUCUCUGAGGGAGAAGCAGACAUCAGGAUUGCUUUUGUUCGAAGAGAUCAUGGUGACAAUUCUCCAUUUGAUGGACCUAACGGGGUCCUUGCUCACGCAUUCCAGCCAGGUCGAGGAAUUGGGGGAGAUGCACAUUUUGAUGCAGAAGAAACAUGGACCAAGACCUCCAGAAAUUACAACUUGUUCCUUGUUGCUGCCCAUGAAUUCGGCCACUCCCUGGGGCUUUCACACUCCACUGACCCGGUUGCCUUGAUGUACCCCAACUAUGCUUUCAGAGAUCCCAACAACUAUGUACUCCCUCAAGACGACAUCUAUGGCAUCCAGGCCAUCUACGGCCCUUCAGACAGCGGGGUUCAGCCAACUGGGCCAACCACACCCUCAGCAUGCGACCCAAGGCUGAGAUUUGAUGCCAUCACCACACUUCGUGGAGAAAUCCUUUUCUUUAAGGACAAGUUCUUCUGGCGACGGCACCCUCAACUGCGAAGUGUGGACCUCAAUUUCAUUUCACUAUUCUGGACAGCCCUGCCCAACAGCAUACAGGCUGCCUAUGAGGAUCCCAACACUGACCUCGUGUUCCUAUUUAAAGGCAACCAGUACUGGGCACUGAGUGGCUACGAUGUUCAGCAAGGUUACCCCAGACCUAUUUCAGACUUUGGCUUCCCAAACAACAUUCAAGCAAUCGAUGCAGCCGUUUCAAAUGGGGAGAAAACCUACUUCUUUGUAAAGAGCCACGUCUGGCGAUAUGAUAAUCAAAGACAAUCUAUGGAUCCUGGUUACCCAAAAAGCAUAACAAGCACUUUUCCAGGGAUAGAAAGUAAAAUUGAUGCUGUUUUCCAUAAGAACAACUUCUUCUUCUUCUUCAGUGGACCACGGUACUACGCAUUUGAUCUGCGCGUUCGCAGAGUUACUAGGAUCGACAGAAUCAACCGAUGGCUUAACUGUUGA